AUGAGCAAAGCACUCCAGGAGUGCCCUACCAGCGGCUUGCUUUGGGCGAAGGCCAUCGAACUGGAGCCAAAGCAGGGCCAGAACGCAAAGAGCGUCGAUGCCCUCAAGAAAUGCGAGAACGAUGCGCAUGUCAUCAUCGCUGUGGCAAAGCUCUUCUGGCGCGAUGGCAAGAAUGCCAAAGCUCGAAAAUGGUUCAACCGAGCGGUGACGCUGAACCCUAGGCUCGGCGAUGCUUGGGGAGCUUACCUGGCCUUCGAGCUCGAGAACGGCACUUCCCACGAGCAACGAGAGGUGAUCCGAAAGUGCGUGGAUGCGGAGCCCAACCAGGGCCUUGAGUGGAACAAGACCGUCAAGAAGGUGGCGAACUGGCGUGCGAAGUGGGCCGUGAAGCUGAAGCGCUUCGUCGAGGAGGUCUACCCAACAGAGUUCAAUGCCAAGCCGCUGAACCGCGAGGUGGAGCUGCUUUUGCAGGGCGAGGACCCGUACGCUGCCAUGGCGACAGCCCAAGAGGAGGCAGCGGCGGAGAAGGACGAGCUGGACAUCAAGGACGAGGGCGGUGUCAAGCAGGAGUCCUUCGAGCCUGCUACGACAUUCCAGGGAGCCAAACCCGGCUGGUGCUUCAAGAUGGGCAUGCGUGGCCUUGGCUACUACCGCGACCCCAAGCAAGACCAGGGCGCAGGCAUCAAGGGGGAAGUCAAGCAGGAGGGCAAAGCGAAGGUCAAGGAGGAGGACGAGAAGAAGUGA